UAAGGAUGGUGUACCGGUUGAGAUUUAAGGCUCCUUCGACCAUUUUGCCUCCACUCAUUUUUCCUUGGAUGUUGCAACAUCUUGACUUUUGCGGACUUUGGAUCGAAGGCAGUGUGAAGAUCAAGCAUAUCAAGUCAAGCCGAGAAGAAAAGGGACCAUGGCCAAGAAGUCCAAGUCAGGAGACAAGAAGAAAAAGAAGGGCCCCAAGGGAAAGAAAGCCCGUGAAAAGGCCAAGUUGGAUCGACAAUGGGGCGAAGAGGCAUUUGAUACGGGAAGAGCUUUCCAAAAGGGAAGAUACAGUCGUAUGCGGAAUGCAAGCGAUCUGAAGAAGAAGAAGAAAAAGCAGCAAGAGCAUGAUCCAAACGAUGAUGAUGAGCAAGUGAUGAUGGAAGCGACCAAAAAGUUGGAACAUGGUGACAGCAGUGGUGACAGCGGUGGCGACAGCAGUGAGGUGGAAGAUGAAACCGUGGAACUAUGUGGGGGUGCCUAUGCCAAACUACUCAAGACAAUUCAAACCCACAAAGACAAUACCAAACGCGACAAUCAGGAUUCCGAGGAUGACAGUUUUGCGGAAUCUGACGAUGAGGAAAUGGAAGAAUCCAACAAGGAAGAAGCAAUGCAAGAGGUUUUGUCAGAGGAUGAUAGCAGUGACGAUGAAAGCGUCAAAGGUGAAGCCACCAACGAAAACGGCAAAAUGGAACUGUUUGAUCCCUUUGGAGAUCGAUUCACAAGACAAGCAGAACCACUGCCUGAAGAUGAAGAAAAACGAGAAAAUGUCAUUCGUAACUGGCAAGAAACCCUAAAGGUUCCCCUUCCCCACGUGGAUCCAAUGCUCGAACUUCAGGUUUCCAAGCAAUUACUGCAAGAAAUGCAACUCGCUGAUGCUGCACUCUCUGACAAAGAAACUUGGAAGAAACUCGCCAAUCGAUCGUUUGACUGCAAUCGAGAAGUAUUGAAACGGUCCUGGAAGAAUCAAAAUGGCAACCGAAAAAGCAACUUUACCAAUCUACAACGCGUUCUGUAUCCCUUCCUGACGCGCUAUGCCGACUGUCUCAUCACCAACAAACCAUCCAGUCAGGUCACAAACAUGACCAUUCUGCACAUUGCCAAUCACGUCCUCACAUCCCGAGGACGGAUCCAACGACUCAACCGCAAACUCAGGGCCGAACAAGACAACAACAAUGACGACACUAGUAGUGAUAUUCGGGAUCAAGGGUACACACGGCCUACAGUGCUGGUAAUGCUGCCGACACGAGGAACCUGCCAAAAGUUUGUCCAACAACUGCUCCAAUUGAUUGGUGGCGAUGACACUGUUCCCAAAGAAUACCUCGAUCGAUUUGACAAGGAAUAUGGUCUCAUUCCACAGGAUGAUGAGGAUGAUGGACAAGAUCCCGUAAGAGCCCACAACACUAGUGAAGCUUUGAAGCGAAGAAGGAAACGAGUUUUAGAAGAAAAGGGAGCAGCCUGGCUGGAAUUGUUUGGAGAUGAUGCGAACGACGAUGACGAUUUCAAGAUUGGCAUUGCCUUGAAUGCCAAAGGGGUUGACAGCAACAAGAAAGAGAAAGCAAACGACAAGGAAGCAGCAGCCGGGAACAGGGUCAAUGUCAAGCUCUACACGGACUUUUACAGCAGCGACAUUAUUGUAUGUUCUCCACUGGGUCUCAAAAUGGCCACGACGUCGUCGGAGGGAGGUGAAGGAGAUGCCGACUUUUUGUCGAGCAUUGAAAUCUGCUUGUUGGAUCGCUCCGAUGUACUCAUGAUGCAAAACUGGGAUCACGUCAAUGCUGUGCUGGACCGAGUCAACCAGCUUCCACAAAACAACAACGAAACGGACUUCUCACGGGUUCGCAACUACCUUUUGGCGAAUCAGGCAUGCCACUGGCGCCAAAUGAUUGUGAUCACGGAGGUUGCGGAUCCAACCAUUCUAUCAACGUUUAAGCGAUUUGCUAAGAGUAAGAGUGGCAUCUUCAAGACCCGGCGCCGUAUAUUAGAUGACGAGGGCAGCAUUGCCAAGGUGAUUGUGCCUAUCCAACAAGUGUUUCAACGAGUCCCAGUGCAGAGUCUAUCCUCGCUGGGCGACGAUCGUAUGAAGUACUUGACUCAGAAGGUUCUUCCGCCCAUUCUACAACGCCGUCAGAAACGCACUCUAAUCUACAUUCCAUCCUACUUCGACUUUGUUUUGCUGCGAAACUACCUGCUCAAGAAGGAAUUUGACUUUGUCACAAUCAACGAAUACAGCCGUGUCAGCGAAACCAGUCGAGGACGUGCUCGGUUCCUUCAGGGUCGAAAACCGCUCAUGCUCUACACGGGGAGAGCUCAUUUCUUUCUGCGGCACAAGAUAAAGGGGAUUCGAAAUCUAAUCUUCUUUGGUCUGCCGGAGCACCCUGAGUUCUAUGCCGACAUGGUGAAUGUUAUCAAUGAAGGGUCAGAGAACUUUAGUGGUGAUGGUGAUGAGGCGGAAGACACGAACAAUGGCAGCAUUGCUCUGUUUACAAGAUACGAUGCCCAUGCUCUCGAACGGAUUGUCGGGACCAAGCAAUCUAGCAGGAUGUUGAAGGGUGAAAAGCCAACCUUUCUCUUUUUCUCUUAGCUAGAGCACCCCCCUAAGCCACUCUUUUUAGAUAGCACAAGGUAUGAACUCUUGGUACAGAGCCGUUGAGACCAAACAUGCAUGGGUUCAAUAUUAAAGCUGCUUGCUGUUGCAACCGACCAGAGCCCCAACCCAAGGAAUCAGUAGAGUGUUUGCUUUCUAGUUUUUCUUUCUAAAAGGUUUACGUCUAUUUCUGAUUCUCUCUAUCAAUGGAUAUUUCCCAUCAAAGCUUUACUGGGAGACAAAGCCGGAGACCCCAACGUCAUAGACCUCCCCAUUGCUCUUCUGGAUGUAAAUGCUGGUUGGGUAUCCCUGCUGGCUGUAGCUUACAGUGAUUCUCUGAGCAUUGUUAAUGAUUGCAUCUUGGAUGAUUCCAAAGAAAGUAUCCAUGGUUGGAGGAGUAGCCCAGUAGAUUGGGUUGUUGUUGCCGUCAUUUGCAUUGGCAUUGACACCCCUGACAAUGACAGUCCAAGGAUAGACAAUAUUUUGAGGGUUGGGGCCAAACUUUUGAUAUUUGUAUUCAUAGUUCUGAAUGUUCUGGCUCUUCCAUUUGUUCCUGCUGGCAUUCAACUGUUGGUGUUCCUGCUGCCAUCUCUGAUUUUGGAGGUUCCUCUUUCGGAGUCUCUGGGAUUGGAAGCCUGAAAUUGUGACAUCAUAGACCUCCCCAUUGCUCUU